CAAGCACACUCACUCCAACACAACAAGCUAGCAAGCUCUGCGGCUACCUCGCUUCCACUCCCUCCCCUUCGCAAUGGCUGCCGGCGUCGUGGUGAACGUCCACAACAACAAUGACGAUGACGUCCCGACCGAGGGCUCGCGCACCUACGCCAUCAUCGUGUGCGUGUUCGCCGCGCUGGGUGGCCUCUUCUUCGGCUACGACCAAGGCGUGACCUCGGGCGUGCUCAUCAUGGACUCGUUCAUCAACGACUACUGCGUCGGCAGGCACAACUUCACGUACGAGCAGUGAGUGCACAUCGUCUUCGUCGGACCUGCCGGCUGAAUGGACGUCCUUCACGGUGUGGUACAACAUGGCGUACAACCUGGGCUGCCUUGUGGGCGCCUUCGUCGUCGGCAUCGUGGCCGACAAGCUGGGCCGCCGCUGGACCAUCUUCACGGCCGGCCUGCUGUUCUGCGUCGGCACCUCGUGGGUCUGCUUCAACAAGGCGCAGGAGCACGGCCUCAUGUACAUCGCCCGCGUGAUCCAGGGCUUCGGCGUGGGCAACUCGUCGUUCUCGCUGCCGCUGUUCGGCGCCGAGAUGGCCCCCAAGGAGCUGUGCGGCAUGCUCUCGGGCUUCAUGCAGAUGACGGUCGUCACGGGCCUCUUCCUUGCCAACGUCGUCAACAUCAUCGUGGAGAACCACGACAACGGCUGGCGCACGACCAACGGCGUGGCCAUGGCGGCGCCGAUCGUAGUCAUGCUCGGCAUCUUCUUCGUGCCCGAGAGUCCUCGCUGGACGUAACUGCACAAGGGCAAGGAGGAGGCCGAGCGCGUGCUCAAGCGUCUCCGCCAGACCGACAACGUGGGCCGCGAGCUCGAGGUGAUCGGCGACCAGGUCGCGGAGGAGCUGGCCGCCAACAAGGGACUCACGGAGCUGCUCGAGCCGUCCAUCUUCAAGCGUGUGGCCAUCGCCAUGGUGCUCCAGGUGCUGCAUCAACCCCAUCAUGAGCUACGGCGCUCUGAUCUUCAAGGACA